AUGGCUCAUGAAGUUCUGGACUCUUUCAACAAGUUAAAGGGGAGAGAGGGGUUUGUUGGUCUCAAGCUGGAUAUGUCCAAAGCUUAUGACCGGAUUGAGUGGAGUUUCCUGAGAAGAACCAUGGAGGCUUUUGGUUUUGAUUCCAGAUUCAUCCAACUGGUUAUGAAAUGCAUUAGCUCUGUGUCCUUUUCGAUCUUACUAAAUGGAGGCCCGCUGAAACAGUUCUGCCCUGGUAGAGGCCUUCGUCAAGGCGAUCCUAUUUCGCCCUAUCUCUUCAUUUUGUGUAGCGAGGUGCUUUCAAGGAUGCUAUUGCGAAAGGAAGAGACAGGAUUGCUCUCGGGUUUUAAGGUUAGCCCUCAGAGCCCCUCCAUCUCUCAUUUAAUGUAUGCGGAUGAUAUCUUUGUUUUCUGUAAAGCCAAUCUUGAAGAAGUGGGGGUUGUGAUGGAUGUUGUCCAACUCUUUGGUUCUUGGUCUGGCCAAUGCCUGAAUGUCCAGAAAUCUGCUUAUAUUUGUUCUAAAAAUGUCAAUGAAGACAUCCAGGCUGAGUUAUCGCAGUUUCUGGGGUUCCGGAAGCUUGGCAAGGAGGAUAGAUUCCUGGGGAACCCGAUUAUCUGGUCGAAUAGUAAGACUAAAGACCUGAGGUACAUUAAGGACAAGAUUUGUUCAAAGAUUGAAGGGUGGAGAUGCAAGCUCUUAUCCCAAGCGGGUAGGUCCACUCUGAUUCGCGCUGUUGCUCAGAGUACCCCGGUGUAUUCUAUGGCUACCUACCUUUUCCCCAAAUCCUUGUGUCAUGAGAUGGACCAGGCUGUUCGGAAGUUCUGGUGGAUGGGUAGUGAGUCUAAGGAUCGGUUCCUAGCUCUUUGUGAUUGGAACUCUCUUUGCUUACCUCUGGAUAGAGGUGGGCUAAAUUUCAAGAAGUUCGGAGAUGUUAACCUUGCCUUGGUGGCGAAGCUUGGUUGGAAACUUGCAAAGGAGGAGGAUUCCUUAUGGUGUAAGGUCUUUAAAGCUAAGUAUUGGGGGAAUAGGGAGAAGGCUUUUUGGAAUUCGGAUCUGCCAAGGAAUGCUUCUUUCGGGGCCAAAGGAAUCAUGGCGACGAGGGAUCUGAUUCGUAAUGAAGCUUGUUGGGUCCUUGCAGAUGGGGGGAAGGCGGAUUUGUGGGCCUCCCCAUGGAUACCUUGGUUAGAUUGGGAUAAGUCUAGAGCUGCCUUCAAUCCAUUGUGUGUACCGAAUCCAAUUAAGGUCUCCACCCUGAUUGGAGCAGACAGAGAGUGGAUAGCUAGUUUGGUUCAAAGAUGGUUCGUACCAAGUGUGGCUAGCUCUCUGCAUCUAAUUCAGCGGUUGCCCAGCUCUCAAGAUGAUCUUCUCGUGUGGAAAGAUGCUACUAAUGGUAUGUUUUCCCCUAGCGUGGCUUAUAAAUCCAUUAUCAAGAGUCGCUGGGGUGAGACAGAUCAAAUUUGGCUCCGGAUUUGGAAGCUUCAACUCAACGAGCGGUUGAAAAUGUUUCUGUGGAAACUUUGUAGAGAUAUCAUCCCGUUUGGGAACCGGCUUCAAAGGAUCUUCGGCAAUAGCACUACAUGUGUGAUCUGUGGUGCAGCGGAGGACUCGGCCCUACACCUAUUCUUCAAGUGUCCGCUUGCUAAGGCCGUGUGGUUUGCAAGUCGGUGGGCUAUUAGAAGUGAUACACUUAACUUUGGUGCUCCUAGAGACAUGGUGGUGUGGCUCUUAUCUCCGGAGUUCUUGAAAGGUGCUGAUGCGGAAGUCUUGGGUGAAUUUCUGAGAUUUGGGGUUUGCUUGUUUGAUGCUUUGUGGACUGCCCGCAAUAGAGCCUUUCACGAUCAGAUCAGUCCUACUUGGAGAGGUGUUCUUGCCAAGGUGACUAGUGCUGUUGCCUAUCUCCUUUCGGCUUGGGAGUCUCCUACAACUGCUGGUGCGUUCAAGGAUCUUCGUGCUGCAGCUGGGAUAGUGGUGGCUAUCUCGGAGGUUAAUUUGUCGGAGGCUAUGGCUGUGUGUUAUGAGGCAACUCAGCCACUGGAGGCUGAAUUGGUGGCGUUAGUUCAUGCGGUGAAGUGGUGUACUAUGAGGGGCUGGAACCGGAUGGUUAUUGCCUCAGAUUGUCAACUGCUGGUGCUUGGUUUACAUGCUCGGAGGGCUCCGGAUUGGCGGCUGGCUGGUGUUUUCUGGCAGCUGGUGGAGAUGCUUGAUGCUCUCCCUGACGUGAAGAUUGAAUGGACACCCCGGGCUGGUGUUCUAGCUGCUCACAAGCUUGCUAAGUGGGCGAUUUUACAUUCGGUUUCUGGUUUAUUUUCUGCUGAGGACUUGGUCCCUCUUGUGGCCAUGUGA